AUUUUUUUUGGACCGCACAAGUAGAAAUAGAGAGUAUCCAGAGUUAAUCUUUUCUAUUUCUACCUAUUUUUUUUGACCUCGCCUAUUCAUUGGUCUAUUCAGCAAAAAAAGAAAAGAAAUUAGACCUACCUUGAAGAAAUUUGACGUCUCUCUCUCUCAUUUUGACAUCUUUUGAAACAACAAUCAAAACAAAAAUGGCAUCAGCAGCCAUAGCAGCAACAAAUUAUAAUGUCUAUCAGCAACAAUCACCAGAUUUUAUUCCUAACAAUCAACAUAAUCAACAAACAGGAGACAACAAUUCAACUUUGACCUUUUCUCCACAACAACAACAACAAAAUUUCAUUAUGAUUAAACAAUCAAAUCAAAUCAAAUGUAUUACACAUUAUCAUUAUCAUUCGAAUCAAUCGAAUAAUAAUAAUAACAGUGGACAAACUAUUUCAACAACAAUGCCUUCAAUUGGUUCGAAUAGCCAAACAAUAGCAACAACAAUCAAAAUUAAAAAUGAAGAUGAAAAUGAUUCUUUUAUUAAUCAGAAUAAUAAUUAUUAUUAUGAUACACAAGGAACACCACCAUCAUCCUCAUCAUCAUCAUCAUGGUCAUCUCGUUCAUCAAUGGAUGGUGAUGGUCAAUUUUUAUUAGAUGAUAAUCGAGAUUAUAUGGCCGAAAUUAAUCAUGCCUGUAAAAUGUUGGCCAUUUCAGCUGAUCCUUACAAUUGGAAUCAAACGGAUGUACGAAAAUGGCUUAUGUAUCAACAACGUUUACAUCAAUUACAAUCAUUUAAUUUGGUUGUUGAAUUAGGUUUUCCAAUGGAUGGAAUGUCAUUAUGUGAAUUAAAUAUACAAGAUUUUCAUCAAAGAAUAUUAAAUUCAAUGAAUAAUAAUAAUGGGGAUGGAAAUAUACAAACAUGGAAUUAUGCAAAAAUUUUAUAUCAAGAAUUAAAUAUCUGGCGUAAUGCAAUUACAAAAAUGUUUGAACCGGAUUUGGCAUUUUUUGAUUCUUCAUCAACAUCCACAUCGAACAUGAUUGUUGAACAACAACAACAAAAUUAUGAUCAAUUUCCGGCCAUUAUGAAUGAUAACAAAUCAUUGAUGAUGUUCAAUCCAUAUAACAAUAAUAAUCGACAACAAAGUCCAUGUUCAUUAUCAUCAUCAUCAUCAUCACCAAUAUCAUCAUAUUGUAGUAGUAAUUAUAGUGAUGAUUGUCAACAACAGAUGUUGUUCAAUUAUGGUAGUAAUAAUUUUAUGGAUGGAUAUCAAAAUGAUCAUACACAAUCAUUAUCAAAUACAAAUCGUUUGCUGUAUGAUCCAUCAUCAAAUAAUUCGGUAUAUUCAAAUAGUCCAUCUAGUUCACCACAACGAUCAUUAUUGUCUUGUUCAUCACCUGCCGGUAGUAUUUCAUCAGCCGCAUCAUCAACAUCAUUGGCUAAUAAUAAUAAUAAUAAUAAUUACAUAACCAACAAUCAUAUGCAACAACAACAACAACAAUUUCAACAAUCAUCACAACAAUCAGUCGACCAUAUCAUUGGUUUGAAUCAGAGAAAAUUUCCAGAAAAUUCAUAUACCUCAUAUCAACAGAAUGUUUAUGGAAAUGUUGAUCAUUCAGGAUAUCAGGAAAAUAUUUUUUCUGCAUAUCCUCAACAACAACAAAUUAUUACAAGCGAAUAUGGAAGUGAUGAUGAAAUAAUGAGCGAUGAUGAUCCAAUCAAUGGUAAAUGUCGUGUGAUGAUUUCUGCUGUAUCAUCAUCAACAUCAUCAAAAACCAAUUCACCUCUAUCAACAAAAACAACAACAACCAAACAAUCAACUUUUAAUGGUCCACGUCCACAUGGUUCAACAACAUCGAUACAAUUAUGGCAAUUUCUUCGUGAACUAUUAUCACAACCAAAUCAACAUGAAAAUGCAAUUCGUUGGUUAGAACGACAACGUGGUGUAUUCAAAAUUGAAGAUUCGGUUCGUGUUGCCAGGCUUUGGGGUGAACGAAAAAAUCGUCCGGCUAUGAAUUAUGAUAAAUUAUCACGUUCAAUAAGACAAUAUUAUAAAAAAGGUAUAAUGAAAAAAACUGAACGUGCACAACGUUUAGUUUAUCAAUUUUGUCAACCUUAUGCCCUGUAAAUGGUCAUCAAAGGUUUUUUUGCUGUAAAUACCUAUGUAUUUCCAUAUUUUGAGUUAUCCUUAUGUUUAGAGUUACUAGAUUUCAAGGAUAAUCUCAAUAUUUUUCCAUUUUUAAACAAACAACGAAGGUAUUAUUCGUUUGUUGUGAAAACAUCAUCCAAUUUGUAAGUUUGGGGGUCGGUUUUGUGUUUUUGUGACACAUGUAGUAAGGUAUGUGCCUUACAAAUUGUGUGGAAUUUUUUUUUUGUUCCACACUUUUUUUUUUGUUUUUUUACCAUAUAUCCUUCCAUUUCGAAAA